AGUUUAACAACCACUCUCCACAUGUUAGUGCCUCCCUCGCGUCUUUUCCCGUGUUUGCCUCAGUUUCAGUUGCCGAAAAGAAAAGAAAAGAGAAGAAAAAACCAAAAAAACGGAGCGCUGAUCUCCUCUUCCACUCAGCAGCAAGAUGUUUACGAUAACUUUCAGAACAACGAGCAUUUUCCCCAGAACUUCGAACCAUACGCCCCAUUCAAUCACCAACCACAAGCAUUCCCGGGUCCUCCGGGACCGCCGACACCACCGACGACGCACCCCAUGCAUGGCCAGAAUGGCCACAAUCAAUCGCAGGUGAAUACCGAUGUUUCGGGGGUGGUGAAAGGAGGUAACCAAGCUGAUAUACUACCCAUGACUAAGGCGGAUCCCGACGCGAACAGACAGACGGCGUCGAACUCGGAUGACGACGAUCUGACGCCUGCGCAGUCCCGUCGGAAAGCGCAAAAUCGAGCCGCUCAACGCGCGUUCCGCGAGCGUAAGGAGCGCCACGUCAAGGACCUCGAAGCAAAGCUCGCCAACCUGGAGGCGCAGCAGCACCAGACGGCGAGCGAGAACGAGAAGCUGAAGCGCGACCUGCAGAAGAUGAGUACCGAGAACGAGAUCCUGCGCGCCACAUCAAGCCUGCAGGCACACGCCGCCGCCGCCGCCGUCCAGCAACACCACCACAAUGGCUCCGGCUCCGGUGGCGCAGGCGGCUCCUUGUCCCCCGCAGCCCCGACCACGACCACCGGCCCCAUGCAGUACAACCCCACCGACUUCUACUCGGACCUGCUGCAGAACCACACGAACAAGACGCCCAGCCACCGCAUCGUCGAGUCCGCGGCGGGAGAGAGGCUGCUUGCCGCUGGCGCGACCUGGGACUACAUUAUCAAUCAUGAGAUGUUCAAGAGGGGCCUCGUGGACGUGGGGGACGUGAGUCUGAGGCUCAAGAGCCAGGCGAAGUGCGAUGGGCAGGGCCCCGUGUUUGAGGAGAGGGUUGUCCUCAAGGCGAUUGUGGAGAGUGUCGCGAGUGGGAGCGAUGAGCUGUUAUGAAUGGUUGGAUGCCUACCUUUUUUUGUCUCUUCCUCGUGGUUGGGGGGGGAUUGUAAACUGGCUAUUUGCUUUUUUGAUAUCUUUUGGGAUGGGGUUAAAAUGGGUGGCGUGUAUACAAGGGCGCUUUUGCUGUUGUGGUUGUGGUUGUUGUGUUUGUGGUUCAGAGCAUAUUAAUUAAUACGUUCUUCUUGCAGGGGGAGACGGAGGUUUACUGGGGGAGGAGGGAGGGAGGAAAGGAGGGAUGAGACGGAACGAAUGAACAAACGGACGGACGAGUAGGAAGGAACUUUUUUGUUUUUUACAUUACGGGAUAUGAAAGGAAAUGGAAGCGUUUUUUUUUUACUGUUUACCUACCUAGUGUGAUUGGUAUCAUUGUGAUUGGAAUUUAUGGUGUUUAGAGAAGGGUUGACGGGUUGGCUGGCUGGCUGUUUGGUAGGUAGGUUGGGGGGGUUGGUUGUUCGUCUGCUACCUACCCCUUCGUUUUCGUGAUAUGAUGGUGUCUACGAAAAUACGAAACGAAAAAAAAUACCAAGAGAGAAAGAAGAGAAAGGAGAGGAAAUACCUACCUAUUUUUGAGUUGGGGAAUAGAUGCGUGUGUGGCUUGCCCUGCCUGACCUACCUAAAUACCUGAGCUGCCUGCCUAUCUAUCUGCCUGCCUGCCUGCCUGCCUGCCUGCCUGCCUGCCUG